AUGCUGAUAAAAACAAGGAGGGUGCGCUGUCCAUUGGGUCCGGCCACAAAUAUUGGUGCAGUACGUCGGUGCCUCACGACAAUUGCUGCUGGGGCUUCUGUCCUGGGCGCGCCAUCGUCGAAAUCCACAUCCGUUGCGUUAUCGCCGUCGCAAUGGAUGCGGUCUUCACUGCAGGAGCAGCGGCGACAUCGUAGCUUUUCUUUUUAUCUCAACCUGGACGAUCCCGCCGAGACGCGACGGCGUGUCGAGGAGGAACUUGCCCGCAUCGACCAGGAGCACCAGCGAGGCACGAUGAUGCAUCUACACGCACUACUCAACCUUGCCCUUAGUUGCUAUCAAUCAGGGGAGUACAUUGCCGCCCUCGAGUUUGCGGAGCAUGUCCACAACAAGACGCGAGAACACAACAAGAAUGCAACACUUUUGUUUUUUACUGCCAAAACAUGCUCUCGCUGCGCCCUGGCUGUCGCAGAUGAGUACGAAUCCCACCUUCGGGAAGCAGCGGAAAGGGCAAGUGUGUCUUCAACGUUGGCACCACGUCCUUCCGUCGUGUUCUCAGCGGAAAGGACCAUUGCGAAGUUACGCGAGGACGCGGCGCGUUAUGAUGGCAUCGCACAGAGAAUAUAUAACCGCCCCGACAAAGCCUUCAUGCGAAACUGGAGGUCUACGUCUACAGGAUGGUCCGAGGAUGCGUGUGGGAUGGACGAGGAGCCGGAGGAAUUUUUUGGAGGGCGAUGGAAGGAACGCCGCAAGCGACCAGAACACGCGGCAAUACGCCAAUACUAUCAACAGCAGCAACAAAGUAAUGGGGGCUGGGUCGGUGUGCCAAAGUGA